UGAAGAUUCUUAGCAAAGAGAGGCCACUUCCCAACAUUUUCAACGUUUAUACAAUCAUGACAGUAUUGCUGCAGUUUGCAGUGCACUUCACAUGCCUAGUAUUCCUUGUCAAAAAUGCUAACGAAUGGUCGCCGCCAAAGGAGAAGUUUGUUGAUUUGGAGAAGGAAUUUGAGCCAAGUUUGUUGAAUAGUACAGUGUAUGUUAUAUCCAUGACUUUACAAAUAUCUACAUUUGCGAUCAAUUAUCGGGGCCAUCCAUUCAUGGAAAGUCUGUCAGAGAACAAAGCACUUCUCUACAGCCUCUUGUGCUCUGGUGGUGUUGUGAUGGCGCUAGCGUUAGGAAUAAUUCCAGAAUUUGCACAGCAGUUCGAGAUUGUUGACUUCCCCCCAGAGUAUCGGAACAUCCUUGUGAAGGUGUUGGUAGCAGACUUUGCUUUAUCAUUGGUUGGAGAUAGAAUCUGCCUCUUUCUGUUUGGUGAAGGAAAAUUACCUGCUGAACUUAAAAGAAAUGUAUCUUAAGGGGAAGGGUU